GUUUACGCGGCGCUCAGGACUGGAAGUGGAGGUCCGUGAAGGCAGCGCGGUGCUGCCAUGUUGUUGUCUAAUCCUCGGCCGGGGCAGUUUCCAGCUGCUCUUGCUCCCUGUCUGAACGCAGCGGCCACUUUCUCCAACGAAGACAUCGCUGUUUAGGGUCGGUAACUGGAUUACAACCGAGCUAAAAAUUACUGAAAAUUCGUCUGCACAACAACAGCUGCCGUCGGGUGAGGUGAAGAUGGUGGACCGGCUUGCAAACAGCGAGGCCAACUCCAAGCGGAUAGGAAUGGUGGAGAGCUGCUUUGGAGCCGCAGGCCAGCCUCUCGCCAUCCCGGGCCGCGUCCUGAUCGGAGAGGGCGUCCUCACCAAACUCUGCCGCAAGAAGCCAAAAGCGCGCCAGUUUUUCCUGUUCAACGACAUCCUGGUCUACGGCAACAUCGUCAUCCAGAAGAAGAAGUACAACAAGCAGCACAUCAUCCCUCUGGAGAGCGUCACCAUCGACACGGUGCCGGACGAGGGGGACCUGCGCAACGGCUGGCUCAUCAAGACGCCCACUAAGUCCUUCGCCGUCUACGCCGCCACCGGCACAGAGAAGUGCGAGUGGAUGAACCACAUCGGGAAGUGUGUGAGGGACCUGCUGCAGAAGAGCGGCAAGUCCCCGACGGGCGAGCACGCCGCCGUGUGGGUGCCCGACUCUGAGGCGCCCAUAUGCAUGCGCUGCGAGAAGGUGAAGUUCACGCCCGUCAUCCGGCGCCACCACUGCAGGAAGUGCGGCUACGUGGUGUGCGGGCCCUGCUCGGAGAAGAAGUACCUCAUCCCCAGCCAGUCGUCCAAACCCGUCCGCGUCUGUGAAUACUGCUACUCCCAGCUGACGUCAGGAAGCCACGCGCCGCGCUCAGACUCCAACAACUGGGGGGAGUCCAGGUACAACAACAACCACUUGUCAGAUGACGAGGACGAAGACGACAGCAGUGACUGAGAACGGCCAGAUUCUGCUGCUUCUUAUGCAAAAAUACUCUUGACGUUCUUCACUUCCCUCCCUAAUGGAGUCAUGAUCAUCGUGUAAAGACUUUAACCACAGCCGAAUGAUUCGCUUGUUUCCCUUUCACGUCAAAGUAUUUGUUUUUCCUUCAUUCCCAGAUGGAUUUAAAAUUUCCUGAGAAAAAAAACAAAAUGUGGAAUUAACUGGAUAACCUCCAAAAAUGACCAUCACUUCCACUUUUUGCUCUUCUAAUGACUUUGCAUUUAGUCACUACAGAAACCAGAGGUGUUGAUGAGACUUCCCUCUGCACAGUCCUCCUUACUAAUACAUUUUUAUGCUUCUCAAUGUUUCCUGUCCAUCAACUAACAGAAAUGUGUCUGCAGGGAAAAGAAAAUGUUUGAGGUCUUCCCUUUAUCGUCCUUCAGAAACCAGCCAGGGCUUUACAGUAACAGAUUUAUGCAUUUUUGCUCUAUUUUUCUACAUUUAUAUUCUGUAAAAUCCCUUUAUUACACUAUAUGCAGCAAUAUUCUUGUCGGCAUAGUCGCUUCUGACAACAAAAAGCUGCCGACCAACAGCAGCCGACCCAAAACCCUAACUGGAGCCGUGGCCUUUACUGUCACGCGUUGCCUUGUGAAAACCUGCACUCCUAUGACGGUUAAAGGUGAUUAGUAAAUGAAAGCAGGCGUCAAAAAAACAGGCACUUCAUGAUAGGUUAACUCUGAAACGUAUUACCCAGGACGGGGCUGUUGUCGGGUGUGUGCGUCAGCAGGAAAUCAAGGAGCAGGAAGUGUGACCACCCGCUGAGUCCACAAAGGGAAAGUUAAUUUGUUUGUGGAAACACUUUAAAAAACACUUUAACCAGCUCUUCAUUCCUAAAAGAGUAGAUUUAGCUGCUAAUUUCUUGGAAUUUAGCUGAAGAUUUAGGCUUUAUUUUUUUCAAAAUAAGAGCACAGAAGUGCGAGUCGUGCUUUGUGAGGUCAGUUCAGCCGAAAACGGGACAUUACAAAUAGUCUUUAAAGCACACAGUUACAUUAAAAUGCAAACAUUGAGCUGUGCUAAGACUCCUCAGGUAACCUAAAGGAUUGCAUAACAAGCCUGAGGAGUGUUAUGUGGCAUUUCGUCUGGAUUCAGCAUUACCUCAGAGCUCUUUGCUUUGGAAACACGAGAAGGUGGAAAAAAAAGAGGGAAAGUAUCAAAAAGGGAAACAUUUCUUUCACUUACUAAGGUUUUGGGGUUUUCUCUGCUGUGACUUCAUGUAUAUUUGCUCAAAAAUGUCAUCUGAUUCUGUUAUUUUUUACUAAAUAAGAACAAAUCAUAAAUGUCAUUGUAGAAAGACACCUAAAUGAAUGAUUAUAUGAAAAGACAGCCGUCAAAAAAGUGUCUGGUUUGUGUGAUUUGUCGUCCUGCAGCCGAAGCACUUUAUGAACUGAAAGUGAGGAAGUGUUUGCCUUCCUGCUGGUGAGCGAUCCCUGAACUCUGCCGCCCGUCCCUUCCUUUAGGCAGAAUUAUCUGCUCACUCUGCCCUAGCAGCGUCAUGUGAUCAGUCACCAAACCAGGAACUGAAAAGAAAAAAAACGAGCUGCUCAAAGGAAUUGGGGCAGUGGAGCUGCCUGACUCGCAGAUGUUCGAUGAUUCAGCCGGAGCUUCUGGACGGUUUCAUUUCUCAAUCGCUCAGUUUUCUAAAGAACUGUAACUCAUUAAAAUAAUCCAGAAUCCAAGAAAUGUAAACUGUUAACUGUAGAGGGCAGUUUUGUGUGUUUUGUAAGUCAUUCUUUUACAAUUUGAGGUUGGUUAGUCCUAAAAAGGCCUUGUGUGCAAAUGGAGAAACCUGCAACAGCAUCAAUCAAACAUCAAAUUUGUUUUUGUGGUCAAACUUAAUCCUAAAGAACUUUUUAAUCACCUAAAACAUUUAACAUCCACCACAAAAAUCAGUGAAGCGUCCCGGUGGUUCCUCUGUCGUCGUGGUGUGAGUCAGGGAUCGGCCUCGCUGCCGCAGCUGAGUGUGAAAUCUUGAACCCUUUGGAUGGAUUUUCGCUUCCCUCUAAAAGUCUAUUAUAAUCAGACGUACUUGGCCAUGAGGCCGUCACAUCCAGGCGUGCUUCACAAUCACGCUUCCUGAAAAUGAUGCGGCUCGUUAAGCUGCAGCUUCAUAUUUUCUCUCUUCUCAAGUGGUUUCAGUAAAAAUGUACUUCUUUUUCUUCUGUUGACAUCUUAUUUUUCAGCUUAGCCUCUUAAAAUAGCACUUUAACAAGUGUCUGUAUGAGCUUUUCUACAGUAAAAGUUUCUUUUUUGGCAUAAAACACAAAGCUGUAGUCAAAACGUGGGGAAAAAAGGGAUUUAUUUGUUGUUUUUUUGACUUGCUAUGUUGUGAGAAGCUAGCAUGACUGUCACUAACAGGUUGUCGUUUAUGCUGGCUGUGGCUGAGCUUCUGCGCUGCGACUUCCCUGUCAAACCCAGAAGCAGUCGCCUCGCGCUCGCCGUCACACGCUCCAGGUUUCUGCCUUAUAUGGAGAGAUCUGCCGGCUUGUUUCACGUCGACCCCCCACGUUUUUAAUCUGUAAGAUUUUUGUACAUUUGUAUAGACUGCUGUACAGUUCCAAAAUGAUGUAUGUUUCAGCCCCUUUUCGUUUUGACACUUCCAGAAUAAAUGAGGGGCACACAUCAACUACAGUGACUGAGUAAAGUUUACCCUGAGAGGUCAGCAGGAGGCAUUUACAUAUUUCAGAUCCACUUUUGCUGCUUCAGAUCAAAUGAAGUAAGCUGGAUGAUACGCUGCAGCAGAGAGAAGUCUGACUUCACAUGUUCACUGGCACAAACAGGAACUGGCAGAAGUGAUCUGACUGUAAUUGAUAGUCACAUCCGUCUUCUCUGAGUGAAGAAGAUACCCCCAGAUGUUGGCUGGUGUGUUUUCCUUUAAACGAUUAAAAACUCCUAUUUUUAAAGGCGAAGCCCUUAUUGUUUUUUUAUUAUUAAUGAUCAUACAUGUAAUUAUUCUGAUUUUCUGUGGUGGGUUUAUUUGAAGUAUCUGGGUGGUCAAAUGAGGGCAGAAAAGGUCACAUUAAUAAACAUUUUUUAAAUUCU